AUGAAGAGACUAGCAGCUCGCUGCUUUGCUGGCUUGUUAAUUUUAUCCCCACUAACUGUGAUUUCCGAUAGCCGGCCUGCUGAUAGUGGUAAGGCAAUUGAAGACGGCAAUUUGGAAGAAAUGGAAGAGGAAGUCAGGCUUAAAAAACGGAAGAGACGAAGAAAUGUGGAUAAAGAUUCUGGGAAGGAGGAUGGAGAGAAAGCAAAGAAAAGAAGAGGCAGACCUCCUGCAGAGAAGUUGUCACCCAACCCACCCAAACUGACAAAACAAAUGAAUGCUAUCAUUGAUACUGUGAUAAACUACAAGGAUAG